AUGAACACUAACCUAAGGCGAUACAGGUAUUGGCCUUUGGUUGCCAAGACCGCCUGCAUUGCCCAGCACUUGUCGGUAAAAACUGCUAGAGGCCCUGCACUGGGUAUGCCCUCUAAAAGCAAGUCCAUAGCUUUACGUAAGGCAUGGCUGGUGGACUCGACGGUUGGUCUCAAUGCUGCCAUGUUUGCAGCUAUCAUUUUGGCUUCCCGACUACGUACGCCUGAUUACGUCUUUGCCUUUGCUUUCUUCGCCAUGCUGGCCUUCGCGUUCAUCCCCUUUGCAUUCAAGUGGGUGUACGACAAUAGCCGUAACGUGUAUACUAAAGUGAGGGAGGCAGCGUUUUGUGUCCUGACCCCCGGGAUCUGCUUCCUAGCUACACUCGGUCUCUGGAUGCACAGUAAAGUCGGCGCAAUAGCAUUCCAGGUCCUCAUUGCUCUGAUGUGCUUUGCCUGCCCUUACCUCUUGAUGAAGAGUCAGUGCUAUAAGACGGAGAUGAGAGGCCCUUGGGACAUCGCCAUAGUAGGCCCCUAG